AUGGAUUAAUACAUUCCAUUAGAUUUAUUUCAAACUUAACUCAAGUAGAAGGCUUCACAAUAUAAACUUGAUGAUGAUCAAAAAUAAGUAAAACAACAUAGAGAAUUUAAAAUAUUACUUGCAAAUACCUAAAUUCAAUUAAAGACUUAAUUUUCAGAGUUAAAUUAAUCCAUUCAAAGUAUCAAUAAUACUUUGAAAAAAAAGGCUUAAGUUUACCUUAAUUUAAUAAACCUUUAAUUCCCUUUAUCUGAAUCAUCAUAUUCAGAUCUUGAUAUUAUGGUAAAUAUUUUGUAGGGAGAUGUAUUAGAUUAAUGGCAAUUAUAAAAAGAACAUUAUUUCAAUUAUAUAGAUAAACUAAAGUCUUCGUUAAAAUUUGAAAUUGAUAAAUUCACUAGCCUAAUCGAUCAAAAAGCUUCAGAAAUUAUGUAAGAAGAAAAAAUGUAUAAAUUGGAAGGUUUAAAAAAGCAAGGAUAGAUUUUAAAAAAAACUAAUUUUGAUAUUCAUUAUACUCAAUAAAGAGAGACUAAAUAUAUUUAUUAAGGUGAAAUUCUUUAUAGGUAUAAUUUAUAUAUAUAUUAAUAGUUUUUAACAAUAUUAUUUACUAUCAAAACCUUAAAUAAAUACAAAUUUAGAAUAAAUAAAGCAUCUUUAAUGGAUAGGUGAAAAAGGGAAGAAUGAAAGAAAAAAUGGAUUAUGGUCUAUGAAAUGGAAAGGUGAAAAUUGUAAUGGAUGUGGUGGAGAAUACUCUUUAGAUGGUAUGAAAAGGGGUAAGUGGAAAGAAAUAAUAAAAAACUAUUAUGAGUAUUAAUAUAAAUCAUUUAUUAGUAAUGCUAAAGUAUAUGAAGUGGGAGAAUAUAUAAAUGAUAUUAAAAGUAGAACUUGGAAAUAUAUAUAUAAUGAUUAAGAGAUGUAUUAAUAUCAUUAUUAACAAUUAGUGGAGGUGGAGAAUACAAUUAAUUAGGUCAAAAAGAUGGAAAAUGGAUUGAGUUGAGUGAGGGGUUUAGUAAUAAAUCUUAAGUUAUAUAUAAUGGCUAAUAUAAAAAUAAUAAAAAAGUAGGUCAGUGGAUUAGUGUAGCUUGGGGAUAAUAAGUGUAAAAUAUUUAAUUGAAUUAAUAUUUUAGUGGUUGUGGAUCUUAUGAUGAAAAAGGUAAUGAACUUAAGAUUGGCUGGUGGGUUGAGUUGAAUCAUAGGUUUUCAGAUUACUCAUAAGUCUUUUAUAUUGGUGAAUAUAAAAAUGGAUAUUAAGUUGGUAAAUGAACUACUUGGUGGUAUAUUUAUGGAGAGAAUAAAGAGAUGUAAAACUUUACAACAUUAAUUAUUUAGAGGUGGAGGAUCAUAUGAUUAAGGAAAUAAUGGCAUUAAGAUAGGAAAGUGGAUUAAGUUGAGUGAUGAAUUUUCACAUCUUUCUUAAGUCACUUAUCAUGGAGAAUAUAAAUACGGAAAAAAAAUUGAUAGAUGGAAUACUAUGUAUAGGAAGGUAAAUGAUUUAAAUUGGCUUUCGAUGUAAUUUAUAAGGCUUACAGUUGAUUAGAGGUGGUGGAUCAUUUGAUGAACAAGGUUAUGGCAUUAAGGUUGGAAAGUGAGUUGAAUUGAUUGAUGGGUUUAGUUUAAAUGGUCAAGUUACAUAUAUUGGUGAAUAUAAAAAUGGCAAAAAAGUCGGACGAUGGAAUAUUACUUUUAAUGGAUAAUAAAUGUAAAAUAUUAAAUUCAAUAAAUAUCUUAGUGGUGGUGGAUCUUAUGAUGAAGUAUGUGAUGAAAUGAAAAUUGGUAGAUGGAUUGAGUUAAGUGAUGGAUUUUGGGAUUAAUCAUAAGUUGUUUAUGAGGUGAAUAUAAGAAAGAUAAAGGUAGGAAAAUGGGAUAUUAUAUAUUACAAAGAUCGAGUGAAAUAAUAGAUGUAUUAUAAUAAGAAAUUCUAUUAUUAGAGGUUAUGGAUCAUAUGAUGAUGAUGGAUUAAAGAUUGGAAAGUGGGUUGAGUUAAAUGAUUAGUUUUAGAAUUGUUCUUAAAUUCUGUAUAUUGGUCACUUUAAAAAAGGUAGAAAAAUAGGUAGAUGGGACAUUGCUGAUGAGGGAUAAUUGAUGUAGCAUAUUAAAAAAUCUUAAUUUUAAGUGGUAGUGGAACAUAUGAUGAGUAAAAUGAAAACAUGAAGAUUGGAUAGUGGGUUGAGUUGUAUGAUGGAUUAUAGAAUAGCUUAUAAGUCUUUUAUAAAGGUGAAUAUAAAAAUGGUUGCAAAGUUGGUAAAUGGGAUAUUUCCAUUUGGGGAAAAAAUAUGUAAAUAUAUUUCAAAGCAAUAUUAUUCUAGUGGAGGAGGUGCAUAUGAUGAACAAAGCAAUAGUAUGAAGAUUGGGGAGUGGAUUGAGUAAAUGACGGGUUUUCAUUAUUAUAAUAAGUCCUUUAUAAGGGAGAAUAUAAGAAUAGUAUAAAAAUUGGUAGGUGGGACAUAAUGUAUAAAGCAGUACUUGUUAAUGAAUUUAAAAAAAUGUAAUUUUUUCUUUUAAUAUGUUUAGUUGUGGUGGAUCAUAUGAUAAAGACUAAGAUGGUAUUAAGAUAGGGAAGUGGAUUGAAUUGAU